AUGUCGAGUCCAUCCAAAAAUCACAGACCGCGCAAAAAGCGAAAGUCAAUCCAGACAUUGACUCGGAGUGCAACCAUCACCGAUAUUGUGAAGAUCGACUCGCAGGACAAUAUUGUCACCCCUGAGUUUCCUCUAGUGGCUUUCCUAUGGCCAGCCCGCGGCACCACGUCUCAAUGGGUUCUUUUACCCUUGAUCCUGAUGAUCGUGGGCCUGUUCCGCUGGUGCGUUGGCCUUUGGGGCCAUUCGGGCUACCAGAGGCCUCCCAUGCAUGGUGAUCUCGAAGCUCAACGACAUUGGAUGGAGAUCACAGCGCAUUUACCCGUAUCAAAGUGGUACUUUUACGAUCUACCACACUGGGGGUUGGACUACCCUCCCUUGACAGCAUACCAUAGCUGGCUCUGCGGCAAGAUCGGUUCUUUCUUGGAUCCAACAUGGUUUGCCCUGGACGAAUCUCGUGGUCUGGAAACACAAGACCUUAAGCUGUUUCUGCGCGCCACCGUUAUCGUCUCAGAGUAUUUGAUCUAUAUCCCAGCUUUGAUCAUUCUACUUCGACAUUUCAGCCGGAGCCAGGGGACAGGAACAACGGCCUCCUCUAUCGCACUUGUAGCCAUUUUGAUGCAGCCUGCGACCAUCCUCAUCGAUCACGGUCAUUUUCAGUACAACACAGUAAUGCUCGGCUUUGUCGUAGCGACACUAUCCAGCAUAUUCGCUGGACGGCUCCUAUGGUCGUGCAUCUUCUUCGUUGCUGCUCUUGGCUUCAAGCAGAUGGCCCUAUAUUACUCGCCAGUCAUCUUCGCCUUUCUCCUAGGAUCCUGCUUCUCCCCAUCACUCAGACUCGGUCGACUCGUAUCAAUCGGGUUGAUCACGCUGCUUGCCUUUGCGGUACUACUUGCACCAUUACUGUUGGGUUCGCUCUACGACAGCUACAGGAAGAUAACACCACCUGGAUCGCUACCUCCAGCACCUUUCCUCGCCGAACACCGAGUAUCUCUGAACCCGGAUAAUCCAUUUGAUAUGGUCCUACUUCAACUCAGCCAGGUGGUCCACCGCAUGUUCCCCUUUGCGCGCGGAGUAUUCGAGGACAAGGUGGCCAAUUUCUGGUGUUUUGCCAACACCUUCUACAAAUUGCGAAAUCUCCAGAAACAUAUCGAGCUUCCACGACUGUCGGCUAUUGCCACCCUUCUAUCGAUCUUCCCUCCUAUGCUUGUCAUUGGUGCUGUGCCGAAGAAGACUCUACUGCCCUAUGCCUUGGCGACAUCUGCAUGGGGAUUCUUUCUCUUCUCCUUCCAGGUCCACGAAAAGUCUGUUCUUCUCCCGCUGUUGCCGAUGACUCUGCUGCUCGGCACUCGACAAGGUCUGAGCAAGGAAUAUCGCGCGUGGGUUGGCUGGGCGAACAUCCUGGGUGUCUGGACCAUGUAUCCCUUGCUCAAACGUGAUGGUCUUACAGUUCCCUACGUUGUCAUUACCUUCUUGUGGUGCUACUUGCUAGGUCUCCCACCGACCAGCGUUGGCGCUUACCACGAUCCUGAGCUUGAAAAUGUGCCCGGCCGUCCGCUCGCUCCGGACGAGUUACGCACACCAACGAAAAUACUGCAUUUCCAGACCUAUAUUAUCAUGGCGUUCUGGCACUUGCUGGCAGCAUUCGCAUCUCCACCGGAAGACAAGCCUGACUUGUGGAUUGUGGCGAACGCGUGUGUGGGUGCGGUUGCUUUCGGGAUAUGUUACCUGUGGUGUCUGUGGAAGUUGGUGUCCGAAAGCGGCCUGCUCGACGGUUACUUUGGAAAUGAAGAUGCAGAUGAGCAUUCUCCGCCUGGGAAAGACCGAUCUGCUACGCCAGAGAAGAAGACCAAAUAA